CCCUCUGCGGGCGCCGAGUCAGCUGAUCUCGGAGUCGAGUUGCGUGAGCCCCAUUAGGGCUCUCUGGUCCCGCCGCCCCCGCCGCCCCCGCCGCAGCCAUGUCGUUCUUCCCGGAGCUUUAUUUCAACGUGGAUAAUGGCUAUUUGGAGGGAUUAGUGCGCGGCCUGAAGGCCGGGGUGCUCAGCCAGGCGGACUACCUCAACCUGGUGCAGUGCGAGACUCUGGAGGACUUGAAGCUGCACCUGCAGAGUACAGACUAUGGCAACUUCCUGGCCAAUGAAGCGUCACCUCUGACAGUGUCAGUCAUCGAUGACAAGCUCAAGGAGAAGAUGGUGGUAGAGUUCCGCCACAUGAGAAACCAUGCCUAUGAGCCGCUUGCCAGCUUCCUGGACUUCAUUACUUAUAGCUACAUGAUUGACAACGUGAUCCUGCUCAUCACUGGCACAUUGCACCAGCGUUCAAUCGCUGAACUUGUGCCCAAGUGCCACCCACUAGGCAGCUUUGAGCAGAUGGAGGCCGUGAACAUCGCACAGACACCUGCAGAGCUCUACAAUGCCAUUCUGGUGGACACGCCCCUGGCGGCUUUUUUCCAGGAUUGCAUCUCAGAGCAGGACCUUGAUGAGAUGAACAUCGAGAUAAUCCGAAAUACGCUUUACAAGGCCUAUCUGGAGUCCUUCUACAAGUUCUGCACUCUGUUGGGUGGCACCACAGCUGAUGCCAUGUGUCCUAUCCUAGAGUUUGAAGCAGACCGCCGCGCCUUCAUCAUCACCAUCAACUCUUUCGGCACAGAGCUGUCCAAGGAGGACCGUGCCAAGCUCUUUCCACACUGUGGCCGACUCUACCCUGAGGGCUUGGCUCAGCUGGCUCGGGCUGAUGACUAUGAACAGGUCAAGAAUGUAGCUGAUUACUACCCGGAAUACAAACUGCUUUUUGAGGGUGCAGGUAGCAAUCCUGGAGACAAGACCCUGGAGGACCGAUUCUUUGAACAUGAGGUGAAGCUGAACAAGUUGGCCUUCCUGAACCAGUUCCACUUUGGUGUCUUUUAUGCCUUUGUGAAGCUUAAGGAACAGGAAUGUCGCAACAUUGUGUGGAUUGCUGAGUGCAUCGCCCAGCGCCAUCGCGCCAAGAUCGACAACUAUAUCCCCAUCUUCUAGCAUUCCAACCCAAGGCUCCCAAAUGCACUGUGUGUGUCUUUGUAUGCUGUGUGAAGCCCAUGGCUCACUAAGUGUCUGACCUGGUGAGGUGUAGCAUGUCGUCCUGGGGUUGCCCAGCUUCCAUGACCCCCUCUGGGACUACUCUUAGGCCUAAAAAGGGGUUAGGGACCUCUCCCCUGAUAAAGAAUGGACCAAGAUCCCCUCCAGAGCAAAGAGCCCCCCAGCCCUCUGUUUACAGCCGCUGACAUGUCUAAGAAACUUGUGUCACUUUCACGCCCCUCCCUAACCUGAGAACCCCUGGGGCAGUGUGAGCCUUCUUCCCCUUCUGUGGAAGAUUAGAGGGGGUGUCUUUGGGGUAUGGGGGAAGUAGCUUUGCAGCCCCUCUCUCUAACUCAGUUCUGCCCCUCUGAGACAAUAAAAUACCCCUCUUUAAAAAAGCC